GCAAAAGGAGCACUGAAUUCGAAGCCGCUUCGAAGAAAACGUGGCGAUCUCCAUCGUCCUGCUUCGUUGUUCCUGGAUUCUAGGGUUUCACCGUGGGGACUUGGUGGACCUCCGAGUCCACCGGGUCUGAUAAGAGAUUUACCGCUGAAUUGCGUCUCGGCUCCCAAUUUUGAUCGUCUGGACGAUUUCGGAUAAUGAGAAGUGUAGCUCGAGUUCUUCGUCUUGCUCGCGGCGCCUCCCGACUUCGGAGCGGAGGAGUUUAUGGAUUUCAGGGUAAUCGUAAAGUUUGGAUUUUUAGCAAUCCUACUGGUUUAUUUUCACAGAAUCCAGACUUCUGUGGAUACCAAAGCCUACACAUGUUUUCAAGGAAGCUGUCCAUUUCCACUUUUGCAGUCAGUGGUUCUUCUUCUUCAGAAUCUGCUUUAGUGGAUGAUGUUAGAAAAGUUGGUCCUUUGAUGGAGUAUGAGCGGAGAAUUGCAUUAGGAGAGCUUACUGAUGGUGAUAGUUUUCAGAUUGAUACCUUGCAUUUGCUACAGAGGCUAUUUGAAGAGCUUGUUGAGAAUGAACAGAGUUGUCAGUUGGAUAGGUAUAAAGCAUCUGAGAAAAGUGGAAGAAGUAGGUGGCUAUGGUCUCGUUUCGUUCCUCAGUCUUCAUAUUCUCCUGUCAAAGGGCUUUACUUAUAUGGUGGAGUUGGCACUGGAAAGACAAUGCUCAUGGAUCUGUUUUAUGAUCAAUUACCAUCUAAUUGGAGGAUAAAGAGAAUACACUUCCAUGAUUUCAUGCUAAAUGUCCAUAGCCGCCUGCAGAAGCACAAGGGGGUUGCAGAUCCACUCGAGGUUGUAGCGGGAGAGAUAUCAGAUGAGUCCAUUUUAUUAUGUCUUGAUGAGUUUAUGGUGACUGAUGUUGCUGAUGCUUUAAUAUUAAAUCGUCUUUUUUCACAUCUGUUCAGUAAAGGCGUUGUUCUUGUUGCUACUUCUAAUCGUGCUCCAGAUCAUCUAUAUGAGGGUGGCUUGCAGAGGGAUCUGUUUCUACCCUUCAUUGCCACAUUGAAGGAGAGGUGUGUGGUUCAUGAAAUUGGUUCUUCAACUGACUAUCGGAAAAUGACAUCGGCUCAACAAGGUUUCUAUUUUAUUGAGAAAGAUGAUUCUGGACUACUCCGACAAAAGUUCUAUCAAUUAGUGGGAGAAGAGAAAGCAGUGCCUCAAGUUGUGGAAGUUGUCAUGGGGCGAACACUGCAGGUUCCCCUAGGCGCUAAUGGAUGUGCUUACUUUCCUUUUGAAGAUCUUUGUGAUAGACCCUUGGGAGCCGCAGACUAUUUUGGAUUGUUUAACAAAUUUCACACCCUAGCAUUGGAUGGGGUUCCCAAAUUCAGUCUCCAUAACCGAACAGCUGCUUACCGGUUUGUCACUCUAGUUGAUGUUAUGUAUGAAAAUAAGGCAAGGUUGAUGUGUACAGCUGAGGCAUCACCGGUUGAGCUAUUUGAAAAAAUUGUCACAGUUGCUGAUGCUCAGAAAAUUUCACCAAGAACCUCUUCAAGAUCACUGAAAAGUGACGAUCUCGAUCUCUGUGUGGACAAUGAGUUGGGAUUUGCAAAAGACCGCACCAUUAGCAGAUUGACCGAGAUGAACAGCAGAGAAUACUUGGAACAACAUGAAGCAAACCACCAGGAGAAAACUUCUUGAACUUUUGCUUGCCCUAAGAAAUUGUGAUAUGCCCUAACAAGGCAUUAUUUUUUUUUUUCUUUUUUGUCAUCAACAUCUUGAUUAUACCAUCAAUUAUCAAUUCUCAGGUGUAUCUAUCAUCAUAA